ACUUACAGAUGGCCGCUUUUUAUGUAGCAAAUCCUGCUCGCAAACACUGCUGCUAAAAGUUCAUUUCUUGCCUAUAUUGAUAUUUUUAGCCAUUGAUUUAGGUCAAUGAUGGACAGUAAUAUUGUUUCACAGACAACACAGAUUAAAGGUCCAAAACCCCGUGAAUGUGGAUGUAAAGGAAUAAGGUCUUGUCGUCUUUGUGAAUUGUCAGAUGAUGAUCGAUUUGAGAAUUCCUUUUCAACCAAUAAGAAUAAUACUAGAAAAACAUAUCAAUACUGCCGUCACUGUAAAAGAGCAUGGCAAGCUGGAAGCAAUUCUCAGCAAGGUGUCAGUCACAAAAUAUCAAAUGACACAAAAGAAGAAAGUUUCUCAGGGGCUGAAAUGGAAACUGUGACAAAGAAUGCAACAAAUACAGAGGCUCACAACAGUGUGUUUCUCACACAAAACCCACAUAUAGAAAAUAAAUCAGUGACUGAGCUUUGCUCACAUAACUCAUCUUUGUCAGUGAUUGAUUUUCAUGGGAUUACAAUAAUAGAAGAUUUUAUUUCUGAAGAGGAGGAACAAUACUUAGACAAAAUCAUUGGUGAAACAGCUUUUACAAAAUCGCAAUCUGGAAGAAGAAAGCAGGAUUUUGGGCCAAAAGUCAAUUUCAAGAGACAGAAAGUUAAAGUUGCCAGUUUUAGUGGCCUACCAGCAUACAGCAGUUUUCUGUAUGAGCGUAUAAAAACAUUGCCCAGCCUCAACAAUUUUAAGCCAGUGGAACUGUGCAACUUGGAGUACAGCAACGAGAGAGGGGCCCACAUUGACCCACACUUUGAUGACUCUUGGCUGUGGGGGGAGCGCCUGGUCACAUUAAACCUUAUGUCUGAUUCAACUUUGACCUUUACCAUAGACUCAGAACCUCAGACAGAGGUGCGUGUUCCACUUUUGAGGAGGUCGCUGAUCAUUGUAGCUGCAGAUGCCAGAUAUAAAUGGAAGCACUCCAUAAAAGAAGCUGACAUACUUGAUAAAAGAAUAGCCAUGACCUUCAGGGAGCUUUCCGAGGAAUUUAGUCCUGGGGGCCAGAGGGAAAAAGAAGGGGAUGACCUUCUUAAGCUUGCCCUCACAUUUCAAGGUUGUGCCAUUGUGCAUUGAAACUGUAUGUUUUAAAAUCAAAAUAUUCCUUAAAAGGCUAAUUGCCAAUUUGGUUGGUUAGUGGAUUAACUGUGUAAACUACAUUCUUACAUAAAAACAAUUUACUACAUAUCUGCUUAUGUGCCAUCACUUUACAUAUUCUGUGAUUCUGGUAUGUUAAUUUGAUUAAAUUAAUGUAAUAUAAAAUCCAAACAAUGUAUUUGUUGUAUGUAAACUGUUACUCUAUAUAUAUAAAAUCUCUAAUACUUUUAAAAUUUACUUUAAGAAUGUUUUUCUAAAAAGCUGUAUAGUAGAUUAU